AGGGAGCGGGCAGAGCCGCACCGGGCAGGAAGGGGUGGAGCGGCCGCGGGGAGCGGCCACAGGGAGGCAUCCCGCGCGGGGAGGCUGCGGGAGCGCCGCUCCCUCCCCAUGGAGCCCUGAGCCCCGUCCGCCGGCAGCCGUCCCCGAUGGAGCCCGAGGAGAGGAAGAUCUCGGUGUGGAUCUGCCAAGAGGAGAAGCUGAUCUCCGGCCUGUCUCGGCGAACCACCUGCUCGGACGUGGUGCGGGUGCUGCUGGAGGACAGCCACCACCGGCGGCAGCGCCCGGCGCAGCCCGAGCCCGCCGGCGGGAUGCUCUCGGGGCCGCCGCACUCUUACUGCAUCGUGGAGAAGUGGCGCGGCUUCGAGAGGAUCCUGCCCAACAAGACGAAGAUCCUGCGGCUCUGGGUGGCGUGGGGGGACGAGCAGGAGAACGUGCGCUUCGUGCUGGUGCGCAGCGAAGCCUCGCUGCCCAACGCGGGGCCGCGCAGCGCCGAGGCGCGGGUGGUGCCGAGCAAGGAGCGUCCCGGGCACGGGCUGGGGGCGGCCCGAGCCAGCCUGGCGCUCACGCAGGAGCGGCAGCGGAGGGUGGUGAGGAAAGCCUUCCGCAAGCUGGCCAAGAUCAACAAGAAGCGGCAGCAACCGCCGGCCCGGGACGCGUCGGCGGCGGAGAGGAUGGAGACGCUGGUGCACCUGGUGCUCUCGCAGGACCACACCAUCCGACAGCAGCUCCAGCGGCUCCGCGAGCUGGACCGGGAGAUCGACAGGUACGAGGCCAAGAUCCACCUGGAUCGCAUGAAGCGCCACGGCGUCAACUACGUGCAGGACACCUACCUGGUGGGCAGCGGCGAGCCGGAGGCAGCGGGCAGCGCGCCGCCCGCCGCCGGCCGCCCCGAGGAGGACUACGCCAGGAGGUGCGAAGAGGUGCUGCAGCUGCAGGAGCAGCGGGCGCAGCAGGAGGAGCUGCUGGAGCACCUGGCCGCCGAGAUCCAGGAGGAGCUCAACGAGCGCUGGAUGAAGCGGCGGCGGGAGGAGCUGGAGCUGGCGGCGGGGACCGGGCUGAGCGAGACGGACUGCGACACCACGGAGCUGAGCGGCAGCGGCGGCGGCGAGCUGCACCUGGAGCACGAGCGGGUGAAGACCCAGCUGAGCACCAGCCUCUACAUCGGCCUCAAGCUGAGCACGGACCUGGAGGCCGUCAAGAACGACCUGGACUACACGCAGCGGGCGUGGGAGGACAAGGAGCGGGAGCUGCAGCGGCUGCUGGAGACGCUGGGCACCCUGGACGUGGGCGAGGAGCCGCGCGGGGCGGCGGGCGGCGCGCCGGGCUGGGUGGAGCAGGCGCGGGCGCUGCGCAAGGACCGCGCCGACAACGGCGAGGACUCGGACACGGGGCUGAGCUCCAUGCACAGCCAGGACUCGGACUCGGUGCCCGUCUGCGAGUCCCUCGUCUAACGCCCGCCCGGCCGCGGCGCCAGGGACCGAGCGGAGGCACCGGGCAUCGCGGCCCCAGCCGAAGCCUCCCGGGGUAGGAGGCAGCCCCACACAGGAAACCUCUUUAAUCCUAGCUCCUCAGUUUAGACUUGUUCUAACUAGUCACCCGCGGGCAGCGCCGAGGCUGCCUCGCCGGUGCUUUUAUCCGAGGAACCCGCAGCGUGUUUGUGUUUCAUUCACGUCUGGGAUUGCUCGCUCCUUAAAUCCUGCCGCCUGCUUCCCUCCGAAGGGUUUCUUGCCGAGCCCUUUAAUCCUGCGGUUCCCCACGAUAUUCCCAGCGUAGCAUAAGCUACUCUGGGUACUCUCUGCGAGUAAAACGAGCGCUCCGUAGCGUAAAUGAGUUGCCUCCUAAAGGGCUCCUCAGCAUGGCAAGGGCAGGGGGAGGCGAUGCUGUCAUUUCCAGACUGACACAGCUCCGUUAGGCUCAGACUCGAGUUUAGUCACUGAGACUUGAGCUGCUGGUAUUUUAAAAAACUAUGGAGUAAAAGAGGUGUCGAUAUUGCUGACAGUGGGAGCUCCCAGGGCGCAAGCUUUUCGACGGUACUGCCGUUCCUUUUGGCAACAAAAAAGGGUGAUAAAUCACUUUUUUAACAAAAAAACCCCAAACAACCAAACAAAAAAAACCAAACUAAAACAAAAGUCAGCUCCACAUGUUGUAUUAACUUUGCUGGUAGUGCUUUUUCUUAUGCAUAGAUAAGAGUGCUUUGUUUAAAAGGCAUACUAAGAAAUCUAUUAGUAUCAAUGCUCAUUUGACAGUCGUUGAAAGUAAUUAGCAGUGCCUGUAUGUACACAGCCUUCAACUGUGGUUUUUUUCAUUAGACUAGCUGGUAGUUGGCUGAGCUUGGGUUUAGAUAAACAAAGUACAGAAUCAGCUUGAGCUACUGUUUUUAAUAAUCAGGCCAAGAGAUACAAUGAUAAAAGCAUGACUCAAGCCCUGCCUGCACUGCAGCUUAAUCUUUUAGUUAUUCCAAUAAUAAAAAAAAAAAGCAUCAGCUGUAACAUGCAUUUCAUUUAAUGCCAGAUCUUCCUCUGCAGCUUAACUCUUACCAAAAAUAUACUAUCUGUUCUUACAAUAAGAGUCAUUAAGGAGUCUUGUAUUCCAGAAUAAUUGUAGGAACAGUUUAAGCAGUGAGAGACCAGAGAAUGUUUACUCAGGUCUGACUGACAGUGUGAACUUUUUAAAACGUCUGAGAUUAUUAUUUAUGUAAGGCUAUUUAUGAAAGUUUUCAUUUUAACGAUAAGAAAGUAUGAAAAGAGUACACCAAUAAACUGGUUCUUUUUCAAUAAAAAAAAAUUAAAAAAAAAAAAUCACAGCUUCCUCACCCCAAGACCGAGUUCCGCUCUUUGGCAGUGUUCUUGCUGGUAGGAAUUCUGUUAGACAACAGAAAAAUAGACUAUGCCACCGAUCAGUUUGAAAGCAAUCAGAGAAAUGCAGUCUGUGGAUUUGUUGAGGCUGUACAAUCGCCUACAUGGUAUCAUUCUUGAUAGAUGUUAUUCCACCGAAUGGAUAUCAGUUAUAACAAACUGUGGUUUAUUUUAAACACUGAUUAUAUAAUUUUUUCAUAUUUUAGUCAACCUUGGAAAAUAUUUAAGAAUCUAUUUUUAGAGCUAAUAAAACUCUUAAUAACACCAAAUGAGUGUUCCCAAUUGAGUGUGAUUAAAAAUACACACACGUAUAUAUAUAUAUCAGGUCUGGGAUUUUGUUGUGUUAUCUUGAGGUGUCAUUUACUCCCCUGUUGAACCAAGAAGAAAGAUACACCGAGUCAGACCUUUCCAUCCUGUCUGAUGCCUGCAUCGUCCCCUCUCUUCCUGAUGGCACGAGGGGCUCCCUCAGGUACAUGUAACUGUGUGUUCCUCAGAUCAGUCACCACAGAGGUAGGGUAGUGGCAAUUAGAAGUGGUAGCAGAUGUCCAGAGUGAGGAAUUUCACCCAACUCUGCAAUUAAAAAUUAUUAAAUUGAAGUAGACCUGCAGAAUAAGUUUGGGGCUGGGACAGUCACGUUUUUGCGCUACAUUAUAUUAACCAGUGCAGCUGUAAUGGGUGGGUGAUGCAAGUAUCUGUUGAUAGCUUCUCCAGUGACUGAUGUAAGCAAUAAACCUGAAAUUGCUUUACGUAAGUUCUCCCAUUAGCCACACCAAGCAAAUAAAAAGCAAGCACAUUAUAGAAAUAAGCUGCAACAGGCUGCACAUUGUUACACUAUUGAUAUAAACGUCAGAUAUUUUGUAAAGCACAGGGUGAAGGAAGCCAGGAAAUUCAAAGUUUUAUAGCAAAGUCUGCUGACUCAACCUUGGCCAGGAUAAGCCUUUAAAACAGGACAAAACCACUCUUACUCUAGGUUGCUGAGUGACACUCUAGUAGGGCCCCACGGAGUACUUGCUCUUGGCCUGUCAGUACCCCAGAUAGUGGUGCAGUAGAUUGUGACCCUGAUGAUUUGCUGGCCUUUGACUCAUGAGGACAGGAAUGAGAACACUGCAGGUGGCACUGCAGUCUCAAGA